AUGGACUGGGCGGGAGAUAAAAUAAAUGACGCAAGAAUAUCAGAUUUGAACGAAGAAAUAGAUCCGCUCAUGUUAAGGCUACAAGAACAAGAGGAAAUCCAUUGAUUAUGGCAGUCUGCACUGAACUCCUAGGGUUCAGCAUUUUAAAAUCGUUGGGGCAUUACUAGCGUAGUUGUUAAGGAGAUUAAGAACUCCCCCCUACGCCGGUAUCUACGCGGAAAAUAUGUAGGCAGGUUCUCUACGGAACUCGCUCGCACUACAAAAAAAAAGCGAGAUUAGUUGCGUUGUAUUGUAUCUUCUUCUUCGCCAGCAGCGUGAAGAUCUUGGUCCUCCCGUUUUCGUCCAACAGGGAAGAAAAGGGAGAUUUUGGUCCUCCCGUUUUUCCACAGGGAACCAAGGGUCCCGUUCUUCAACUACAGGAGUGUUGAAGAUGAGUCCGGAGAAGAUGGAUCUCUUUUUUUUAGCAAGCUAAGUCAGUGGAUUGGUAGUGAGUAGCUGCUAAGUCAGUGGAUUAGUAGUGAGUAGUCUCUCUCAUACUCUGCGUCUGCCUGUUUAUAUUCCCUGUAGUUGAAAAUGAAAAACGGGAACCUCCUUGUUUCCCUGUUGUGAAACACCAUACGUUGUAGGUCUAAUCACGGGAUCGGGACUCGUCCCUGCUUAUAAUCCGAUUGUGGCGUGGACUACGUCAACGUUGUUAGCGUGGACUAGUCGGAGUCUCGCCUUUUUACCCAGGAUUGUAGUUGUACAUCAAGGACGAGAGAAACAAGUGAUAAAACAGCAAAUAAUUAUCGGUUAAUUUUUCCCUCAUAUCCACCUAGGUUUUUUAUCCCACCAAGUAAGCAAAGCACGGACACGACAAGUGACAAAACAGACACCGACUACAAAAACUAUGAGCAUUCUUCUACGACGUCCACCUGGUACUAAUUCUAACAGACAUCAAGUGAUGAAACACCAAGUGACAAAACAGAUCCUACUUAACAAGAAGACGCAAGUACAAAAAUCGUGAAAAAUUUCUUUUAGAGGACAUCCCCAUAAUAAAGUUAUCUUUGUUUCUCCCUCCUGGCUCCCGCUCCCUCUGCUGUGAUUUUCUGAUAGUACUUGUUGCCGUGCGGUGCUGCUGGAGGUAAGGCGAUUUGAUAGGUGUAAAUCUAGAGUAAUCAAAAGCACUCAGUUCUUCGCCUCGAAGCUUAUUGUAGUGCAAUGACUUUUGAAAAACGAAAUUUGAACCUAUUAUGAUGGUUGACGACCUUCGCGAGGCUUACAUACAGCACGAUGCUUGCCCGUGAC